CUCCUUUAUCAUCAGAAAAGAUUGCGACAGAAAUGUCUUAUGCAAAAUAACACAAACAGGAAACGUGGGGGUUUUUUUUUUUGUUCUUCUUUGCCUCUCCUAUAAGCCAGCAAAAGUCUCUUUAGCACGGCAGGGCAGCCUCUCUCCCAGGCGGGCUUUGUGGGGGAUCCUCUUGCCUUCAGUUUCCUUGGCAGGGGAGAGGCAGGCUCAGUGGGCGGAGAAGGAGAGCUUGGACACGCUGUUCUCCGGAGGCGCUGUCCCGUUGAGCGACCACCAUGUCGAUGUAUCUGAAACACUUCACGGUGGUGGGAGACGACACUGCCCAGUGGAACAACGACUACAAGAAAUGGAAGGAGGAAGAGACCGAAGAGGAAGGAGAAGGGAAGCCGCCGGAGGUCACGGUUAAAGUUGAAUCGGCGCCCAGGCGCCCAACCUUCCGAGAGGUUAUGAAAAGGCUCUUCGAAUCCCACAAGUUCCAGAUCGUGGUGGUUUGCCUGGUGAUCCUGGAUGCUGUGUUGGUGCUGGGAGAGCUGCUUCUGGAUCUGAAGAUCAUUCACCCGGACAAAGAGGAGAUCGCACCAAGGGUCCUCCACUACCUGAGCCUUUCCAUCCUCUCCCUCUUCCUGGUGGAACUCAGCCUCAAGCUCUUCGCCUACCGCCUGGAGUUCUUCCACCACAAGUUCGAAGUCUUGGACGCCGUGGUGGUGGUGGUCUCCUUCAUCCUGGACAUCGUGGUCAUCUCCCAGGAGCAUCAGUUUGAAGCGCUCGGCCUGCUGAUUCUGCUCCGGCUGUGGCGGGUGGCCAGGAUCAUCAACGGAAUAAUCUUAUCCGUGAAGACCCGCACGGAACAGCACAUCUCCAAGCUGAAGCAAGCCAAUCUGCAGCUGAGUAGCAAAGUCCAGCAGCUGGAAAGCAGCUGUGCUGAGAAGGAAAUAGAAAUUGAAAGGCUGAACAACCUCAUGAAGCAACAUGGCCUCCUCAACCAGGCCAAAUAAGGCGCCUGAGCUGGACCAAACCUCUUCCUUGGAUUCUGUUCUGGCCCUGAGAAAACCAGUUUUACGUCGAGAGGGUGACCUUGUAAACAGAUCCUUUUGGCACAUUUAUCCGCAUGCCGGCUGCUUUCCUCCGGAGCUGAUGCCCUUCAGAUAGAGUGGACGCCGCCUUCCGCCAUCCUCCCAGUCCUGCUCGGAGGCGGGUUUGGUUGGAGGGCACCCAGCUGGGGGACCCGGCUGGCCUCGAUCUCUCCUCUGGAGACCCCACGUGGGUAGAACAGCUCCAGCACUCUAAAUUGAGCCCUGCCGUUCUUUCUUGUACAGCUGUACAGUUCCACAAGACUUAGGGGAAAUAAUAAUAAUGAUAAUGUAAUAAAUUCAAAUCCAUACUGGGAA